GAAAAAUGAUCGUAAUUCCAAUUUUACCCUUCUAAAGAGAGAGAGAAGGCGUUUUUCUUCCCUCGUUCCUCAAAUUUCUAGAGAGAGAGAGAGAGAUUAAUCAUCGAUCAAAGUGCUUAUGGAAUGGAAUGUGAAUCGAUGGUUGUGAUGAUUAGAUGAUUCGAUCUUCGUCUCGUUGAUUAAGAACCUCAGAUUCUCUGUUUUUUUUUUUUUUUUUUAAUUUGGAUUAUCUACGACGCCAAUGAAGGGUACAUCUUCUUCCUCCGCCGCAGCUACUCCGUCUCUAGAGUGGAGAUUCUCUCAGGUCUUCGGCGAGCGAACGGCCGGAGAAGAAGUCCAGGAAGUUGAUAUCAUUUCAGCGAUUGAGUUUGAUAAAAGUGGAGAUCAUCUUGCUACUGGUGACCGUGGGGGACGAGUUGUUCUUUUUGAGAGGACUGAUACUAAAGAUCAAGGUGGAUCCAGGAGGGAUGUUGAGGAGAUGGAUUACGCAAUUAGGCAUCCUGAGUUUCGGUAUAAAACGGAAUUUCAGAGUCAUGAACCAGAGUUUGACUACCUCAAGAGUUUGGAAAUAGAGGAGAAAAUCAACAAAAUUAGAUGGUGUCAGCCAGCAAAUGGUGCAUUGUUUCUGCUUUCCACAAAUGAUAAAACCAUCAAAUACUGGAAGGUACAAGAGAAGAAGAUCAAGAAAAUUUCUGAAAUGAAUAUUGAUCCGUCGACAGCUUUAGAAGUGUGUCGACCAAAUCCACGUAGCCCUCCUCAGUUAGUUGCUAAUGGAAUAGAUGACUACCUGAGCAAGGACUUCCCAUUUCCUCCAGGAGGCAUUCCAUCUCUGCGUUUGCCUAUGGUAGUGACUAGCCAGGAGACCAGCCUUGUGGCCAGAUGCCGAAGAGUGUAUGCGCAUGCUCAUGAUUACCAUAUUAAUUCAAUCUCAAAUAGCAGCGAUGGAGAAACCUUCAUUUCGGCUGAUGAUCUGCGAGUAAAUCUCUGGAAUUUGGAAAUCAGCAACCAGAGUUUCAAUAUCGUUGAUGUUAAGCCCACAAACAUGGAGGACUUAACUGAGGUUAUUACAUCAGCUGAGUUUCAUCCAAUCCAUUGUAAUAUGCUCGCAUAUAGCAGUUCAAAAGGGUCCAUCCGUUUGAUUGAUAUGAGGCAAUCUGCUCUGUGUGAUUCUCAUACAAAAUUGUUUGAAGAACCGGAAGCACCUGGUUCAAGAUCAUUUUUCACAGAGAUAAUUGCCUCAAUUUCAGAUAUUAAAUUCUCAAGGGAUGGGAGAUACAUACUUAGUCGCGAUUACAUGACCCUCAAGCUGUGGGACAUAAACAUGGACUCUGGUCCAGUUGCAUCUUACCAGGUUCAUGAACAUCUGAGACCCAAGCUAUGCGAUUUAUAUGAAAAUGACUCCAUCUUUGAUAAAUUCGAGUGUUGUCUGAGUGGUGAUGGAUUGAGGGUAGCAACAGGCUCUUACAGCAAUCUUUUCCGCGUAUUUGGAACAUCUCACGGAAGUACUGAAGCUGCAACAUUGGAAGCUAGCAAAAACCCAACGAGGAGGCAAAUCCAGACAACUGCAAGACCUUCCAGAUCUAUGACCAGUAUGGUUAGACGAGGAUCAGAGAGUCCUGGAGCUGAGAAUGGGAACGCAAACGAUUUUACAAAUAAGUUGCUGCAUAUGGCUUGGCACCCAACAGAGAACUCAAUUGCUUGUGCAGCAGCAAACAGCUUGUACAUGUAUUAUGCAUGA